UAUAUUUUCUGCAGGAAAGUGAGACAGACGGGACAGCCCAACCAUCAUUUACCAUCCCCAGUCCCACGCUCCAAAAACAAAACCCCCAAAUCAUCCGACGGGAAACGGAAUCACAGCGAAGCUCUCCUGGUGAACCAUUACCUAACAAUGGCGAUUCCAAGAUCACCAAUUGCUCUGUUGAUUGCAGUAUUAUUAAGCACAAUAUGUUUGGGAGCAUGGGGUAGCGACUCGAACGACGUCUACUCGCCCUGCGCUGACGCGUCCAUACAGAGGUCCGACGGGUUUACUUUCGGGAUCGCGUUUGCAGCCAGAACGGCGUUCUUCUUCAAUAAUUCUGUUCAGCUUUCACCGUGUGACCACCGCCUCUCGCUUUCCUCCGCCAACUCUCAGGUCGCGGUUUUCCGCCCUAAAGUCGACGAGAUCUCUCUCCUUACCAUCAAUACUUCCAACUUCUUUCCGGAUUCAGUUGGAGGUUAUAUGGUGGCAUUUGCUGGUCGAAGAUAUGCUGCGAGAUCAAUUCCUGCCUUUGUUGCAAACAAUACAUACACUAUCACCAGUUUUACUCUGGUUCAUGAAUUUAAAAAGGGGAGACUGCAGAACUUGUACUGGAAAAGAGAUGGCUGUGCUUCUUGCUCGGGCAAAUCUAAUUUUGUCUGCCUUAACAAUCAAGACUGUGCCAUCAGAACGAAUAACUGUAAAAAUCGAGGGGGAUCUGUAGAUUGUAGCAUUGGGAUACAACUGGCAUUUUCUGGCACUGACAAGCAUGAGGCGGUUUUCAACUCAUGGUAUGAGGUUAAAAACCUUCGUCAGUAUUCCCUCUUCGGCCUUUACUCAAAUCUGAGGGAUUCUCUCACCAGUCAAUACAACAGAUUUUUCUAAUUGCAUUGGAUAUUACUAUACAUUUAUUAAUCUUGUAAUUCUCUGUUUAAGUGUGUCGUGUCGUCUGUCGAGCUUCUGUUCUUGCUUGUUUUCGACAUGCUUCAAGGUCUUUAUGGUUGUGUAAAUGUAUUUACGCACAUGAUGUAUAAUGAUGUUCUGAAGUUGAACCGGUAAUUUAUUCA